AGCCAGGAGUCAACAUGGAGAAGUUACGGAAGUGGUGCUUUGGGACGUUGGGUGACCCUCGGCGGCGUGGUCAGGUGGGGAACAUGGCCGCGCCCACGUCGCGCUUCCCCAUGGGGUACACCAUGUUGGAGGAGUGUCCAUUCCGUAUUGAGGAUGAGGACACCUCUAAACUCACAGAGCAGGCUGUCUGCUCUAAACUCAGGUGUAGCUGUCCCGCUGGUGGCGGGGAGCAGGGGUGGGGACGUUUCUCUGGGCAGGCUAACUGGAGUAGGGGUCUUUGGAUCUGUAGUCUACGAAUCUGUGUCAUACCGUUCCAAGACACUGAAGGGCCUCUUGGAAAGAAUCGGGCGGCUGCGGCUAUCUCCUGGCAGAUACCACAGGAUGAGAAGCGGGGAGACGUCAGGCUGGUUACAGGCUUUUCCUAGGACAUACCACAAGGGAAGGAGGAGGAGAAAUCAGGGCUGUGCAAGCCCUCCUAGGAUAUGCCAUGAGGUGGGAAAAGGGGAGAACUCAGAGUGCUGGGUUCCCCUCCUGCUGUGCCUGUGGGGCUUGGAUGCGGGGUUUGAAUGCUCCAGCAAUCUACCUUAUCUCCCACUCCAUCUACCCCAACUAAAAAGGGACUAUGUAUCAAUACUAAUAAUUUUUAAUGUGCCCUUAGUCCAAUGCAAUAUGUCAAUAAAAAUAUUUAGGAAA